AUCGAAGCAGCUCAUUACCAUCACAAAUUUCAAAAAAGAUAUUCAUCUUUUCUGAAUACAUCCAUUAAAAAAAAAAAAAUGGUGCUGUUUGCUAGUCGCUUCUUGUUCGUCUCACUCUCGCUGAUGAUCCAGGGCCCAGCCUUCACCGUUGGCCAGCAUAACGUUGGGUUCGUUCACCCGAUCGCCACGGAGACUUUCCCGCCUGAGAAACAUCCGUCUGUUGCUGGAACGGGCCAGCAACAACAGCAGCAGCAGCCAGCGGAAGAAGAUCUGACAUCUCCACCAUCUGAACCUGUUGUCGUUCUACAGCAGGCAUCGCCACCGCAGUUCCAAGUGCCGGUUACUUUGCCUUUCGUUAUGCAACGUCCGCAGAUGAAACCAGCAGUUAAAAUACCUCCUUCUUACCUGAGACCCAUGAUCAUGAUCGACCCAAUUAUGCAAGACGAUUCUCAACAGCCAAUUAGACAGACCAAGCCCUGGUUCCUUCCGGCAGAGGAAGAUUUAACAUCCGCACCUUCUCCAGGCGUGGCUGUUACUCUACCUUUCCGGAGGAAGCCGACAUCUUACCUGAGACCGGCCAUAAUAGCAGAUGAGGAAGGCGCUAAGCCGAUGGAAGAUGACCAACCAAUCCGCUCGACCAAACCCUUUUACUAUUUUCCGACGGGGAAUGUUGCCGUCACUUUACCUUUCGAUUUACGUCAAGAAACGAAGAAUCCCGGCAAGCCUUCGUCUUAUCUCCGUCCAGCUGUAACAGAUGCUGAUGGUACGAGCCCGCAACAGACACCGGAAGCAGACCAACAAGCGCCAGCCGAAGAGGAUUUAACGUCUCCAAUUAGAGCACCGACUGCGAUGACCGUACCGUUCGUUGAUCAACCGUUCAAAGUGAAGAAGCCGACCAGUUAUCUUAGACCUUGGUUCGUCGAUGAUUCGACCGUCCGUGGAACAAAGCCAUCGAUGUCAAAGGCAGUGCAACAAGAUGAUUCUGACCAGCAGUCGGAGGCUGGUCGUCCUGUUGGACCGUGGACCGUUUAUCGUGGAACACCCGUCGUGAUGAGACCUAGCUAUCAAGCAGUUCGGCCUCUCAUUUACGCUGAUCGGCCUGUCUUUGUAAAAAAUGGCUACUACGAUGACGUGGAACAACAACCGGCUGGCGUGUGGCCGUCUGGCCCGCUAAUUGCCACCAUUUUGCCGGCUCAGGUUCAGCAACCGUUAAAACCGAUGAAGCAAUUGAGACCGUGGAUAGUUCAGGACUACUACAAUCAUCAGCCACAGACAACACGGAACACAGUGAAUGAAGAGCAGCCCGUCAGACAAACGAAACCUUGGUUUGUUCCAGUAGUCAGUCAACAGCCCAUCCGCCUAAUGUCUGAGAAUGUACCAACUCGUUAUCAGCUGGUUAAGCCACUGAUUGCUCUGCCCGAAGAAGUAUACUAUCAUGGCCCAAUCAAACAACAAAGACCCUGGACAUCCGCAGUGCCUAGCAUUGAGCCCUCGAUUGCAGGUACUGGACAAGCAGAGGCUCGUGUCCCGUUCCUGGGCAACUGGGCGAACGGUACGCCGGGCAAGACGCACAUCGUCGGUAACAACACGUUAGUCUACACGAAACAGAAUUUCUUGCAAACUGGAACGUCCACCGUUUACACGUCGACCGUGUUCACGGCUACGACCACCAUCGUCAACGCCUAUUGUUUCAAAUCCUCCGGUGUAAACCUCGUAGCUCCAUCACCUUGGUGCUCCUUCCGCAGGAAACGAUCCGCCACCAUGGAAGAAGAGGAACAAUCCGCCAUUUUGUCAAUGGAAGGCAAAACCAUUCAACCAUCACAAGUUCAAAAGAUUUUGAUGACAGUGAUGCCUUCGUUAUCGGAUUGCAAUAAAGAGGCCAGUGUUCCGCUUGCUAGUUCCAUGGUGGUACCUUCCAUAGCGGACAACGUACGAUCGAAUAAGGUGGAAGGUCGUUUCCUUAAUGUAGUCGCGACGGGAAGACCCACAACCACCGUGACAGUGACGGGUCUAACGGUCGUGAGUGAGAUCGCAAUCACCGACACAACGUCCGUGACGUUCUUGGGUGGGGGAUGCGUACCCCGUUGUCUGCAGAACUUGCCAACUUGCGCAGUUUGAAACCAGCCGACAUUGUUCCAGGAUAAUGUAACAUUCAAUCUCCCACGUAAAGCGAAUAUUCGUAUUUAAACACUAAAU